UGGUAAAUCACAAUACUUUGCUAAACAAGAUCAACUUUUUGAUGGCUUAAAAAAUGAAGCAGUUAACUCAGCUCAAAAAGCAUUAAAUAAACCUAGAAAAUAUCAAAAAACUGAUAGACAAGUAGUUACAAUUAAUGAAGGCAAUCAUAACAGUAAUUCUAGUAUGAUAGAAUAUGCAAUAUUAAUAGCUAUUAUUGAACAAAUAUCGUCAGCACUUGAAACUUCAGAAAUUGUUUUAGACGUUGGUAUUGAUGGAGAUUUAAAUAGUAAUAAAACACUUGGUGCUCAAAAAAUUGUUCAUAAAAUUUGUGCUGAUUUAAAACAUAAAGCAAAAAAUGUUAGAGCAAAAAUAGCCAAGAAUAAUAAAUGGAAAUAUCUUGAAUCACCGAUUAUGAAAUAUUAUGUUCAAUGUGUAUAUGUAGCAACUGCACGUGCUAGUGAUCCUAAUUUACCAACACCAACUGAAAAAGAUUUCGCACUAAAAAAUGUUUUUAAUUUGUCAGAAUAUCAAGAAUAUCAAAAAGAAAGUAUUGAAUCUUUUAUCAAUGGAUAUAAUACACUUACAAUUUUAAAAACUGGAG